AGACUCACGGUCAGACCGCGGGAGGGACCUGGGAGCGGCCACGGUCCCAAUCAUCAGACCCAGCCUGUGGAACUCGGUCUUGGGCAAGCAUCGUCUGGCGUGCAUCCGAAGAGUCUUUAGCUCCCUCCACCCUCACCUUUGCUUGCUUUUGGUCUUCUGUUGGAAUGCCGCAUAUCCUGCUCCCUCCUCCCAUCUCCAGGAUUACUUUAUCCUUAGGAGAGCAAGAGCUCAAACAGAGAAAGAGCCUGCCCUUUGGAUCCCGGACCAGCCGCUGUCCACCUGUUCACUUCCACACUAUCCUCACAUCUCCAUCAUGACACCCCUGCUCCCGGUGUUCCUGGUGGUUCUGGUGGGCCUGCCUGUGGCCCAGGCUCUGGAGUGCCACGUGUGUGCCUACAAUGGAGAAAACUGCUUCAAACCCAUGCGAUGCCCAGCCAUGGCCACCUACUGCAUGACCACACGUACUUACUUCACCCCAUACCGGAUGAAAGUGAGGAAGUCGUGUGUACCCAGCUGCUUUGAGACUGUGUAUGAUGGAUACUCCAAGCAUGCAUCUGCCACCUCCUGUUGCCAGUAUUAUCUCUGCAAUGGGGCUGGCUUUGCUACCCCAGUGACCUUGGCCCUGGUCCCGGUACUCCUGGCCACCUUCUGGAGCUUGCUGUAAAGCUCUGUUCCCCUAGGCAGACCCACUCAAACGCAAAGCUCUUAAAAGACACAGUUGCAUCCUCUCACCCUCUUGCUCCACCCAACCCUCUUCCCUCUGAGACUCCUCAGCCACAAUGAGGGCCCAUGGCUACCUACAACAGACUGAUGACACCCAGAUACCUCACUCCAAGGCCAUAACCUUUUGUUUUCAGAAGGCUGAUACACGGAUCUAAAUCUCUUUACCCAGGAUCAGGGGCAUCCGGGAGAGUGCUGUUUGCGGGGCGAGGGGCAUCAUUCAGUCAGUUAAGGAACACUGAUUUGAAGGAAUUAGUGGCCAAAUUCCACCUUCAUGGCAUCAGGACCCUGCCUCAGUCUACCCAGCAGAGGAUAGAUAGGUCUGCUAGAGGGGGAUGAAAGAUCAUGAAAGAUCAUGAACAAAGAAAGACUCAGCAGAGCUGUCUCCUACUGAGUCUAGCAGCUGCCCAGGGCAAGUAUGAGACGGAGGCCAUGUGAGAAAGCCUUUUGUCAUUUCCAGCUAGCUCAGGAACUCUGCCAGACCUGGUGUCAGGACAGCUCUUGGCCAAGGGUAGCUAGCAAUGGCUUUAUUUCCAUGGGCCACUAAGAUCUCUCCAGCCCCAGCAGCUUAGCAGGCCCCUUGACCUCCACUACACCCCCUCACCCUCACACUGGCUGCUGGGUCUUGAGGCUGGCAGGGACAUGGGGGCAGGUGGCCCAUGCUAUAUUUUGUCUGGCCUGUACGCUGGCCAGAGCUAUUCUGGGCAUGGCCGAAAGGGAACAGAGGCAGGUCAGAGCAGGCUAGUUGGGGUGACUGGGACGGCAAGGCAGACUUCAGCAGGCUUCCCAGGUCCUGUAGGCAGCUUCUGUAUCCUCUUGUCGCUUGGUAAAUUAUGGGGAGACAAAUUCACAGGGAGCCAGCCCAAGUCCCGGGUGACUGCCUGUGAAGUUGAUUGUGACUGAAGUCUUCUGGGUAUCAAGACUCCAAAGAACCCAGCCCCAAUUUAGGAGACACCGAUCUGCCUUUCAUGCCAGUGUAGUUGACCCAGGGAGCCUUACCCUCCUCUCUGACUCAUGUGCCACUGUUCCCCAACUCAUGUGCCACUGAGGAAACCCCCUGAAGCUGGCCCAGCCCAGGGGUCAGGAUGUUGGCCAGCGUCCAUGUAGUGGGAUUACCCAUGGCUGGCUAUAGGAGAGUCUUAUUGGUCACCACAUCCUACUGGUCACACAUCCUGAAUGCUUUUCUCAGACCAACCAGCUGUAGGAGCUCAGAAGACAGAGGCCCAUCCUGGGGACCUUCCUCUCUGUUCUUAGGCAGACCUGAUCUCUGCUGCUGAGACUGAUGUCGUUUUCUGCCUCUGUUUCCUCCUCUGGGGACAGGCUACUCCAUGGGGAGAUAGAAUCCUGUUGGUGGGCUUGCCCAGAUCCUCAGGAAUAGGAACUGUGCGGCUCUAUUACAAAGAUGAAUUGGGUGGGAAAUGGCCCAGAGAUGAGGAGACAUUGACUACCCAGAAAGAAUAUGAGUCUCAUGGGAGGUCACGAGUAGGGGGGUGGGGAGCACACGUGCAUAUGUACACACAGUGACGACAGAGGCCAGAAGGCAGCACUGGUUAUGGUGUCCCCUGAGGUCCAGGCAGGCUGCUGGGAGGAAGCCAGAGCUGCCCCUACCCAUGCUUACAUACAACACACACACACACACACACACACACACACACACACACACACACACAGCAAGCAGCAUUGGAACUGACCUAUGGAAGCCACAGGGUUCUGGUAAGGAGGGUCAGAGGCAGGUCCCUGACUCAGUGGGUGAGGCCUGGGAAACAUUACCCUGCUUGUGCAAGUCCAUUGUCCCCAGUCAGGUGGCAUCCUGGGCCAGAACUGGGCCAGAACUGGGAGGAGGCCCGAGACUAGGUCCUCCCUCCCACCACAAGGGGGCGAUGUGGAAGAGGCCCUUGAUUGAGAGACCUGUGGUUGAGAGCGUUGCGGUGUUAGGGGCAGUUUCCCAUGUCUCAUGACACCAUCCCGACAGGCCCCAGAGUGUCCACACUGCCACCCCUCCCUAGCCUGUCCUUGGUGCUUAGCACAGAGCCCCAGAAGGUGCUCAAUUAACACAGGGCCAAGCCUGCCAGUGGGAGGUGCACGUUAGGGGCACAGUGCCAGAUGGCUUGUCCUAAAGCCUGUCUGCAGGUGACUCUGCACCCUCCACAACAGUUCUGCAAAGUGUGCACGUGCAUGCGUGUGUGUGUGUGUGGGGGGGUCAUUUUUGCACCCCUUUGACAGGUAAAGAAACUGAGGCAGAGAGGAGUGAAGCACUUAGUUUUCCCGGGUCACCCGGCCACCUCAUCUGCUUAGUACCAAAUCAUUCUACUAUGGGUGUUCUUCCAACAGCUGGGGAGGUCUUUGAGGCUGCAGACCCUCGGGAUGACCAUGGCUUCAUAAACCAGAGAAUCUCAGAAUGCAAAGUUGUGAAAGCUUAUGGAACGGAGGCCUUAGAAGGGGACAUCAGAACUGGAGGUGGGGGGGGGGGGGCUAGAGAGUAGGCCAGGGGUGCCCAGCCCUGUGUGAGGAUACGUAGAGAAGGAACGCAGGAUGGAGUGAGACAAAGCAACCAAGUACCAUCAGCCGUCACAGGCUGACCUUGCCUCUGUCAGGCACUAGGGCUCAAGGCAGUGGGUGUUCUCACACUAGGGUAGACAGCAGCCCUUCAACAUGGAUGGUGUCCGGGGCGGCUGGCGGUGGUUAUCUACAGAGUUGCAUUCUGGAAGCAGCUGGGAAGUCACUGGAGAGAGGCUGCUGGAUGGAACCGUGAUACCACAGAGUGUAUGAGUGCAUGUGGGGUUUGAUGAAGCCAGGUCAACACAUGAAGCUAAGGCAUGCCACAGAGGUGUCUGCUCUAGCCCAUCAGAGAGAAGCUGCCAGCAGUCACGCUCUGCCGCCCGCCAUGUCUGUGGUUGGCUUCCCCAAAACGGAUAAGGGGAAGGGGGUGGGGCAGACCACCUCCGUCUUCAUCUUGUGCUGUGAGCAUGGGAGUUCACAUUCUGAAACUCUAGAAUGAUUUCCAGGAGUAGGGCGGCCCCUUGUUUCGGUGCUUGGUUACUUUCUAGCAAGUACCAUGGCAUCCUGCAGCAUGGCUUGCCCUGGGUUCCUCGGGCACAGGCUCACACUCCAGCCAUCUUACUGGCGAAAAGACAGUGACAGGACCCACUCAGCUGGCUCUUGGAGGCCAGUGUCAAGCCCGGGGCCUGCACAGAGGAGGCCCCAAAGGAUGCGUGGAUACAUGCUGCCUGGCACUUCCCUGGGUUGUAUCUCUGCCAACCCUAAGCUCUCACCCAGCAAGGACAUGGAAUCCACUUUUAUGCCACAGGAUCCCUCCCCCCUAGCCAACCCCAUGUACCUGUACUUCAGAGUGGUCAAUGUCAAUGUCCCCCCACUGAAUGAAUAAACAAAUGAAGGACA